AUGACUUCUCUUGGCUAGAUGUAUGUAAACUGGUUUAAAAAGAGAUGAAUCGGGACAAGCACAUAGUUCAUCAUUGACGUACUUCACAACUGUUGCUUUAAUUUAAUCAAAGCAAUGCAAUUUGAAAUCACAGUGAAGACUGGGGACCGGCUAGGAGCAGGCACGGAUGCUAAUGUGUUUGUUAUUCUUUAUGGUAACGGAGGAAGCUCCGAUGAAACCAAACUGGAUGAUUUAUUUCGUAACGACUUCGAACGGGGACAAACUGACGUGUUUUACAUUGAAGACCAACAGUUUGAGACGGUCACCAGUUUGGAGCUCUGGAAAGGCAGUGCCGGGCUGUUUGCAGACUGGUACAUUGACACGAUAACCGUGAAAAACGUAUCCACCGCGUGGCAGACUGUGUUCCCGAUUUUCCGCUGGAUAAAGUCAGACCUCCGCUACAAGUUUGUCCCCUGUGAUACCAGUCUUCCGCAGGAUGAACAAAAUAAAGAACAAAGAGAGCGAGAACUUAGUGAAAAACGUCAACUGUACCAGUACUGUCAAAGGUCUGACGGCUUUCCUUGUCAGGUCAAGGUCCUUCCAGAUGAUGAAAAGUUUUCAUUUGCAUGGAUUUGGGAUGUCAAUAUAAAGAAAACUAAACUAAAAGUAACCAGUAAAUUCAAAGACCUGUUUACGAAAAGCUGGAAAACUAUCGAAGAUUUGAAGACUGUCUUCACGGAAGGGGAUUCUUUGUUCCCUGAACCUUUAGACUGUUCAAGAUGGGACGACGAUGUAAAGUUCGGAAUGCAGCGCUUUGCUGGCACGAACAACACCGUGAUUAGGCUAUGUACGGAAAUACCCGAGAAACUUGCAGUGACACCGGACAUGCUGAAACCCUUCUUAGGAACGGAUACGCUAGAAUCAGGUAUGAAUUCUAAACGCAUAUUCAUCAUUGAUCACGAAAUCCUACAGGGUUACAAGCCAAGCAUUGACACCGUUAUCUGCAGUCCCAUCGCGCUGUUCUACAGGAGAGACGAUGGAAAAAUUGUUCCUAUCGCCAUUCAGCUGUUCCAAGACACAGCAGACGACAACCCCGUUUUCCUUCCGACUGACCCCAAAUACACGUGGAUUCUCGCAAAGAUGUGGUUCAAUAACGCGGACGCCAACGUGCAUCAAGCGAUCACCCAUCUAGGAUACACGCACAUCGUUAUGGAGGGUUUUGUGAUUGCAGUACAUAGACACCUAUCGCUGUCACAUCCAAUGUUUAAACUUCUUGCGCCUCAUUUCCUGCACCUUAUUGCAAUCAACGAGAGAGGGAUUCGUAAACUUCUAGAACCGGGAGCAAUCUUCGACGGUUUGUUUACGAUUGGUACUCAGGGUAUUGCGGAAUUGAUCAGGCGUAACAGGCUGAAAUGGAGGUUGAAUGUGGAGGGAACUCUUCCGGAAGAUCUUAAAGCCCGUGGCGUACUCGACCGUGAAGUUGUUCCUGAUUACCCAUUCCGAGAUGACGCUCUUCUCACGUACAAUGCAAUUUUGAAAUACGUGACAUCCUAUGUCGAUCUCUACUACCCAUCUGAUGAAAUAUUGAACAAUGACAUGGAGAUACAGAAUUGGCGGAUGGAUCUUGACAAAUCAAUAGAGGAAGGCGGACUUGGUGUUCUUGGUGUUCCAGGUGUAAGCGGGAAAUUUACGUCACGUGAUCAGCUGAUUCAGAUCGUCACGAGCAUCAUCUACACUUGCAGUGUGGGUCAUGCGGCGGCGAACUUCAAGCAGUAUGACGAAUACGCCUUCCCCUUGAACUAUCCACCAAUGUUGCUGGGGAAACCUCCAAGCGACAAAAGCCCAUGUUCCGAGAUCGACAUAAUGAAGGUGAUCCUUGAACGGAGCAAGCACUAUGACCUUAUGUUGGUCUUAACAAUCCUAAGCGAACGUGCAACCAAUCCACUUGCAGACUUCGAAGUGAAUUACAUAUAUGACCCGAGAGCGGUUGAAGUCGUCAACGCAUUCCGCAAAGAGCUGAAACUGGCGAGUGAAACAAUCUCCGAACGGAAUAAGGUCAGGGAAAUUCCGUUCGACUAUCUAAACCCGGUCAACAUUCCGAACGCUAUCAGCAUUUAAGCAUUUUGCAACAAAAAGACGGACACGUUGAUGAAGGGUACCCGCAUUGUAUAUAUCAGCCCCAUAACUGAGCCAGAGUAAACACAAUUACCAUAAAUACAGUUCGUUAUAAGAGAUGAGCACUUAGGGUCAUGCAUGUAAACAAAACCAUAUGUGUCAUGUUGAAUACAUUUAACAACAUAA